AUGUCAUCUCCAACUUCAAUCCAAAAGAUCACAUAUUUAUCAACCAAUAAUAUCAACAAUUUAUACAAACCACUUAUUUUUACAGGUCUUUUCCUCUUCUUAUUCUACACUUUGUUAUCUAAUCGUGAUCAUCUCGAUUUAUCACCACAAUACUUAGCUAAACUAAGACAAACUCUUUACACUAAUCACCAACCAAAAGAUACUAAUGAUCCCACAAAUAUUAGUCACAUUGUAAUAGGGAUAGCAAGCUCCAUCAAGUCAUGGAAGUCUCGAAAAUCUUACAUUGAAUCUUGGUGGCAACCUAAUGUAACUAAAGGAUACGUUUUUCUAGAUGGCGAACCUACAUAUUAUCGCCCUUGGCCUAGUUCAUCUCCUCCAUAUCGAAUUUACGAGAAUACAGAUAUAUACAAACCAUACGACAGACAUCCAAUGAAGAGUGCUAUUCGCAUGGUUAGAGUCAUAGUAGAGAUUUUUAGAGAAGCACAUAAUGAUCAAGGAAUUAGGUGGUUUGUUAUGGCUGAUGAUGAUACAAUAUUUUUCUUAGAUAAUUUGAUGGAGAUGCUGCAAAAGUAUGAUCAUAAGAAGUAUUAUUACAUAGGGGAGAAUUCAGAGUGUGUGUUAUCAAAUUUUGCUAAUUCUUUUGAAAUGGCAUUUGGUGGAGCUGGUUAUGCCAUAAGUUACCCUCUUGCUGAAGUUUUGGUGAAAAAUAUGGAUGUUUGUAUUAAAAGGUACCCUUAUGUGUAUGGAAGUGAUCAUCUUAUGCAGUCUUGUAUAGCUGAUUUGGGAGUCUCUCUAACGCAUGAAAAGGGUUUUCAUCAGAUUGAUCUACACAGAGAUCUAUCCGGGUAUUUAUCAUCACAUCCACAAACUCCAAUUCUAUCUCUUCAUCACCUCGACACAGUUGAUCCAAUCUUCCCCAACAUGAGUCGUUCAGAAGCAUUAAACCACCUAAUGAAAGCUGCUACAGAAGAUCAACCUAGGCUUUUACAACAAACCAUUUGUUAUGACAAUACUAAAAACUUGUCAUUUUCUGUUGCAUGGGGUUACACUGCUCAAAUUUAUGAGAAAAUUAUACCACCAAGUGUGCUAAAAAAACCACUUGAAACAUUUUCUGCAUGGAGUUUUAGAGCUCCUAAACAACCUUUCAUGUUUAAUACACGUUGGCUUUCAAAGAACCCUUGUGAUAUGCCUCAUGUUUUCUUCUUUCAAUCUGUUGAGAGAAUAACAGAGAAUAAUGAAAUCAUUACGAACUACACUAGAAGAACAACAAGGAAUAUGCUACAUUGUUCAUCAUCAUCAUCAUCAAAUGGGAACUUUUCAUCUUCGCUUACUGAUGACAUUGCCACGAUUAUAGUUGUUUCUCCUGCUACCAAGUAUUCUGCUCAGAUUAUGAGGGUGCAUGGUUUUAAGGAUAAUUUUUACAUUUUCGUAGAAGGGAGGGAUAUGAUUGAUCCUAUAAUCUGA